AUGUUGGUUGACAGCUGGUACUGGCUGCUGGCCGGAGCCUCCUAUGUCCGCUGCACCCGGGAUGGCAUUGAAACCUGGAGGUGUCCCAGCUUGCGCACGAUGCAGAUUCAUGUGGCCCCAUGUGUUUGUGCCACAACGGACAACUUGAUGGCGCAACAUGCCGACGAGCUCCGCCUCAUUCACCGACAGUAUGCGCCUGAGGCACAGCAUGAAGCGGGUGCUGCUUUAGCAGUUUGGAAAAGGUGUGACGACAUCAAGUUCUUAACUGGCCUAGGCUUAGACAAGAGCUUUGUUUUGCAGCUGGUGGGGCAGGUCUCAGCGCGUAGCAGGGCGGGUGCCGCGGAAGGAAAAGCCGUGCCUGGCUACACCGGCUACGUGCACGGCAAGCGUCCAGAGCCCGAUGUCAUGGGCAUGCCUUUCAGGACGGCCAACGAGCACGCUGACAAGGUCCGCAUCAAAGCUCGUGCCCAAGCACAAGAGGCGGACCCUACAGAAGCUGCAAAAUUCGAUGCUUUCGAAGUGCAUGAUGACGGCUUCCAAGCGAACAGCGGCUCGAAGCAGCAAGGCGUCCAGUGUCGCGAAUUCUCGGAGAAGCUCGGAGAUUCGAGCGACGAAAACUUCCAGGAAUUCGCGGUAAGCUCGUCAAAAGCCGGAGCGCAGAGGGCAGAAGCUUCCCUCCCUGAAGGAACUCCAGGAGGUGUGCCUCCCAACUGCUAA